GCUGACACCGAUCUGCAAUAGUAAGAUCUGUCCCUGCACCGCACUACACUAGAUCACACACCUUCAUCUGCCAUACAUAUAAAUACAGUACCAAAAUUUGCGUGCGAGAAUGCAGAAACAAAUCACGCGUGCGAUUAAGCUGAUGCAACUCUGAAAAUGCACAACAAGGAAGAAGUGUUCAAAUUUCUCGGAUGCGUUCCGUUACUACAGAGACUUCCUAGUUCGUCUGUAAGGAAGAUAUCAGAAGUUGUGGUUGUUAAACACUAUGAGCGAGGGGAGUAUGUUGUCCGUGAGGGUGAACCAGGAGAGGGCACUUACUUCAUAUGGGAUGGAGAGGCUAAGGUUGUUGGAUCUGUUGAUGCCAAUGAUGAAAAUCGUCCAGAGUUCCAAUUGAAUAAAUACGACUACUUUGGUUAUGGUUUGUCAAAUACAGUUCACCACACAGAUGUUGUUGCUUUGUCUAAGCUAACAUGCUUAGUGCUGCCCCAUGAGCACUUGGCACUGCUAUGGCCAAAGUAUAUACAGAGCGCAGAAAAAUGUCCUGAGCCAUGCACACGUGUGGAGAAUAUAUUGCAAUUGGAACCAUUAGAGGUAGAUACCUUCCAAGGAGUCACUCUUCCAGAUGCUCCAAGAUUUGGAAAGGUGUUUGGUGGACAGCUGGUUGGACAGGCACUAGCUGCAGCAUCAAAAUCUGUCGACUGUCUUAAGUUACUGCAUAGUGUGCAUGCCUAUUUUCUUCGUAUAGGAGACAUAAACAUGCCUAUUAUAUAUAAAGUUCAUCGUCUCCGUGAUGGAAGGAGCUUUGCUAUGCGGAAAGUGGAUGCAAUGCAAAAGGGAAAUGUCAUAUUCACUUUGCUGGCUUCAUUUCAUAGUGAAGAAUCGGGAUUUGACCACCAGGAAGUAGCCAUGCCAUCUGUCCCUGCACCAGAAAUGCUUCUGCCGAUAGAAGAGCUACGGGAGAGUCGUCUAACUGACCCUCGCUUGCCAAUAAUUUACCGGAACAAAGUGGCUACAACUGAGUUCAUCCCCUGGCCCAUAGAGAUACGGUUUUGUGAACCUACUAUUGCAACAAAUCAUACUAAAUCUCCUCCCAGUUUGAGAUACUGGUUUCGAGCAAAGGGAAAACUUUCAGAUGACCAGGCUCUGCAUAGGUGUGUGGUGGCAUAUACUUCAGAUCUAUUAUUUCUUCAAGUAAGUUUGAAUCCCCAUCGCGAGAAAGGUUUCAGGGCACGUGGUGUUAGUCUGGACCAUGCCAUGUGGUUUCACCGACCCUUGAAAGCUGAUGAAUGGAUUCUAUUUUUGGUCUUCACUCCUACGGCCUAUGAAGCACGAGGCUUUGUCGUAGGUCAAAUGUUCAAUCAGAAGGGAAAGCUUCUUGUGACAGUGGUUCAAGAAGGUCUAACCAGGAAAGUUAUUCCCGAAACUUCAGCCAGCAAAAUGUAGCAGACCCAUGGCCUAUAUUUUAAUAUGUUAGUUUGAUUAGAAUAUAUUUAUUCAAACAAAGUACCAGAGAAAUUUAUUAGAUCGCAAAUAAUUUUAUUUACUUCAUAGUGUCGUGACUGGAGGAUAAAUCUGCCCCUUUUAACACAUUACCCGUAGCCUCGUAUUCUUUGGGCAUUUUUUGGUUCAUUUUUGUAAUCAAGAAGGCGCACAAGUAAUAAAGCAAAACAGAUCCUCAACGUGAUAUGAUUUUUUAAAAGUUUUAAAUGAUCGCAAUAAUUUUAAAAGUUAUUUGUUUGUCA